AUGUCUGAAAACCAGCGUUUAGGAUUAUCAGAGGAAGAGGUAGAAGCGGCUGAAGUACUAGGAGUUUUGAAACAAUCAUGCAGGCAGAAGCCACAGCGAUCGGAGGACAUUCCACAAGGUGAACAGAGUUCUGCAAAUGAGUCUUCGACGACAUCGUUGAACAUUCUGGACCGCGUAAGCAAUAAGAUUAUCAGCAACGUCGUGACUUUUUACGAUGAAAUAAACACCAGCAAGAGACCACUGAAGUCGAUAGGGAGACUGCUGGACGAUGAUGACGACGAACAUGAUGAUUACGACUACUAUGAUGAGGAGUUUUUCACCAACAAGAGACAGAAGCUGUCGCAGGCGAUUGCCAAGGGGAAGGAAAACCUGAAGGAGUACAAGCUGAACAUGUCCAUCGAGUCUAAGAAGAGACUUAUUACGUGUUUGCACCUUUUGAAGCUGGCUAACAAGCAGCUUUCCGAUAAAAUCUCGUGCUUGCAGGACCUUGUAGAAAAGGAACAGGUGCACCCUGUGCACACACAAGAUGGAAGUUCUGGGGCGGCCGUGGGGGCUAGAGAAGAUGAGACAUCGUCUGAUGAAGAUGAUGAUGACGAGGAGUUUUUUGAUGCCUCAGAGCAAGUCAACGCCAGUGAGCAGUCUAUUGUGGUGAAGAUGGAGGUGGUCGGCACAGUCAAGAAAGUGUACUCCCUAAUAUCCAAAUUCACGGCGAACUCGCUGCCGGAGCCCGCCAGGUCCCAGGUUCGAGAGAGCCUGUUGAAGCUUCCCACGAACUGGUUUGAUAGUGUUCACAGUACUUCACUGCCGCACCACGAUUCGUCUCUCAACACCAAUUGUCAUGAACAAAAAGCAGAACAAGAACAACAGCAGCAGCAGCAGCAGCAACGACAACAACGACAACAAAUUUUACUGCAGCAACGGCAAGAAAGGAGUAAAGAUGGCGACGAGACAGUCUCGCCCUCCUUUUCCGUCACCCCCAAUGGAAAAGUACUUAUCCUCGCCAAAGAGUCUCUGGAGAUGGUGAGGAACGUCAUGGGUGUGGUUGACUCCACUUUAGGCAAGGCUGAAGAAUGGGUGAAGCAAAAACAGGAGGUGAAAGAGAUGAUAAGAGAGCGUUUCUUGCAGCAGCAGCAACAGUAUAGACAGCAGCAACAGAGAGACGCCAAUCGCGUAAAGCCCUUCAAUGACCUCCAGGAGAGCAAAGAGUAA